AUGUAUUGUCCUGAUCCGACUGCUUCAAGCUCCUUUUAUAGCUCCAGAAUCAGCUACGAUCCACCUCCGCGUAUCUCGCCACGUGCAGCUAACGAUCCCGUGCCGACCUGGUCCUUGAUCGAGCUGGAGCUCGUCUUUACGUCGACCGGAAUAGCUCGGAUGGCAGUUAACUGGCUUACGAGGGAGUCGCUUGGUGGGCUCGAGGUCUUCUUGCUGGGCUUGAGUGGGCCUGGACUUCAAUCUUGGAUCAAGGUAAUGGGCCCUUACGGGCUAGAUUCCAGGUGUGGAAUCUGGGUCCAACACUAA